AUGGCCGAGCAGCUUACCAAGGAGCAAAUUGCUGAGUUCAAGGAGGCUUUCUCCCUCUUCGACAAGGAUGGCGACGGAACCAUCACCACCAAGGAGCUCGGCACCGUCAUGCGCUCGCUCGGCCAGAACCCCACCCAGGCUGAGCUCGAGGACAUGAUCAACGAGGUUGACGCCGAUGGCAACAACUCGAUCGACUUUGCCGAGUUCAUGACCCUCAUGGCCCGCAAGAUGCACGACACCGACUCUGAGGAGGAGAUCCGCGAGGCCUUCAAGGUCUUUGACAAGAACAACGACGGUCACAUCUCGGCUGCUGAGCUGAAGCACGUUAUGACCAACCUCGGCGAGAAGCUCUCGGACGACGAGAUCACCCAGAUGAUCCGCGAGGCCGACAAGGACGGUGACGGCAUGAUCGACUACAACGAGUUUGUUUCCAUGAUGAUGGCCAAGUAA